CUUGUUACUUUUAUUUGAAUGGAAACAUAUUAUUCUACAUUUCUACAGAGAUUCAAUCGAUUUGAAAAAUCAGAUAAAGUUGUCUCGAUUCUCGGUACUGUGGCAGCAACUGGUCUUGCUACUUAUUGUAUUAAGAAAGCUAUCAAGAGACACCAUGCUAAACAACUCGCGUCAGCUAAAUCUGUCUUUGGCGAAAUCCCUACACCUGAAGGUGCUUAUUAUUAUCUAGGUCAUAUUCCAUUGCUAGGAAAAGUGCCUGCCUUCAAAAUUACUGAAUGGCAUCAGAAAUUAGGUCCUAUCCUACGAAUCAAAAUGGGUGUACAAGAAUGGGUGUUUAUCAGUGAACCAAAUACAGCACAUGAGUUCUUUGUUGCACAAGGUGCCCAUACUUCUGGAAGACCCUAUAUGACUUGGGGUAAUGGUAUUCUUGGAGAAGGAGAAAGAGGUGUUGUAUUUGUUAACUAUGGCAAGCAAUGGAAAAAUGCACGUACAGCCAUUCUGGAUGUUCUGUCACCUAAAUCUGUGGACGGAUUUCACGAGCUCUUACAAGGUGAAGCGGAACAUUUGGUCAACACCUUGAUUGAACAAACAGAGCGUUUUGGUAAAGUGGAUCCUAUUACUUUUGUGCGUUGUUCUUCUGUCAAUAUCAUUUUGGCUGCUGCAUUUGGUAUUUCUGGCGUCAAGUCUGCUGAUGACCCCUUGUACAAGCAGAUUAUUUACAUUAUGGAAACAGGUCUUGAGUUUGCUAAUGUUGUCAAUGAUCCUGGAUCUUUUUUCCCUAUCUUGUCCUUCUUGGAUAUUUUCUUUAGACGUGAACGUGCCAUGAGAAAGUACAGAGACACAACAGUCUUUCCCCUUCUUGUCAAAUUGGUUCAAGCUGCUCGAGAAAGUAAGAACAACAGUUUAGUCAAAAAGUUAGAUUUGAUCAAGGAGGAAUUUGGCCUUGAUGAACAAAACAUUUUGGUGCUGAUGAGCGAGUUGCUUGUCGCUGGCUCUGAUACGGUUGCUGCUUCUACUUUAUGGACAUUUUCUAUUUUAUGUAACCACCCUCAAGUCCAGAAAAAACUUCAGGAUGAAGUGGAUACCUUCAUCAACCGACAUGGGCGUAUUCCUACCUUUGCUGAUCGUCUUGAACUCCCUUACUUCAUCGCAUUUCAAAAGGAGUGCUUGCGUUUCAGGCCUCCUGCCUUGUUCAAUAUUCCUCGAAAAGCAAGCAAGGAUGUUGUCUACAAAAAUUAUAUCAUUCCAAAGGGCACUGUGUUGCUCAGUAAUAUUCAUACACUUCACAAUGAUAGCAACACUUAUCCUGAACCUGAAAAAUUUAUUCCUGAACGCUUCUUGGGCGAUUCAAGAUCUAUUUAUGCCUGUAGUAACGGUAAUAUUCAAAACCGAGACCAAUUUGUGUUUGGUUGGGGCAGACGUAUGUGUCCUGGUAUUUACUUGGCUGAAAAUGAACUGUUCAAUACAAUGACAAGAGUUAUGGCUCGCUGUGAAAUUAAGCCUGUUCUUUCACAAGAUGGUACUGAACUUUAUCCUGACUUGGAUGAUCUGCAUGAUGGAGGUGCUACUGUUCAACCUAAUCCAUACAAUAUUCGCUUCGCUCAACGUGAAAAUCGCUUGGUUGUGUAAUAGAUACAUAAAAAAAAGCCUCUUUAUGCUGAUUAAUCAAACUUGGCCUCUUCACUUUCACUUUUUAGGUAAUUUUAAAGCUCAACCGUGUGACAAUUUCAAAAUGCAUAAACUCGGAGUCAACAAUUCAAAUAAACUAUAUGAAAGAAAAAGUUGAUUGCCUUGAUGCCUCUGAGUAUGUCAGUAUCUACUUGUAUUUGAGGAAAAAGACAGCCACUUUGAAUGGUAGUGCUUGUUAAUACCGAGAAUGAGAACAUAUUGUGUUUCCAUUUUUUUAAAGUACGACGAC